UACUGCUGGUUCUGCACUGGAAACACGGGGCAGGGAGUCCCCUUCCCAUCACCCCUGUGAACGCCACCUGUGCCACACGCCACCCGUGUCACGGCAACCUCAUGAACCAGAUCAAGAAUCAACUGACACAGCUCAAUGGCAGUGCCAACGCGCUCUUCAUUUCCUACUACACAGCUCAAGGGGAGCCGUUUCCCAACAACGUGGACAAGCUGUGUGGGCCCAACAUGACAGAUUUCCCGCCUUUCCACGCCAACGGGACAGAGAAGACCAAGUUGGUGGAGCUGUAUCGGAUGGUCGCGUACCUGAGUGCCUCCCUGGGUAACAUCACCCGGGACCAGAAGAUCCUGAACCCGGGUGCCCUGAGCCUCCACGGCAAGCUCAACACUACUGUCGACAUCAUGCGUGGGCUCCUCAGCAACGUCCUCUGUCGAUUGUGCAACAAGUACCGCGUGGGCCACGUGGACGUGACCUACGGCCCUGACACCUCCAGCAAAGAUGUCUUCCAAAAGAAAAAGUUGGGCUGCCAGCUCCUGGGGACAUACAAGCAAGUCAUUAAUGUGGUGGCCCAGGCCUUCUAGACAGGGAGGUCUUGAGGAUGCCAUGGACUAAAGGAUUUCAG